AUGAUUCUGGUACGAAGGAGUUAUGCUCUUCCAACAGUCUUUAUCAUCUGCUUGACCUACUUUCUUUUCGCUACACUUCCGCCUGGUGCGGAGGUCUCCGAUAUCCACCACCAAUCUCCCAAGAAUGCCCCCAAAAAGCCAUCACAAGAUGAAGAGCACAUCCACUGGGGCAAGCAUGAAGAGAAAUAUCCAGUUUCCGAUUAUAUUCGUCUACCAACUACGCCCCCGUCCUCCAUACCGAAAAUCCAGUACGAUUUCCCCUCCGAAUCGUGGUUUGGCCGAAUCUCCAGAAAGAGGAAGCAGAAUGCAGUGAAGGAAGCUUUCAAGCAUGCAUGGAAAGGCUAUAAGGAAAAUGCUUGGUUACAGGAUGAACUCUCUCCUUUGAGUGGGGGGUAUAGAAACACGUUUGCUGGCUGGGCAGCCACGCUCGUUGAUUCCCUCGAUUCCCUUAUUAUCAUGGGAUUGAAUGAUGAGUUCGAGGAUGCACUCGAAGCUUUGGAGCAAAUUGACUUCACAACUACCAGUGCCCUUCAAAUCAACAUAUUUGAAACCAACAUUCGGUACCUUGGAGGUCUGCUUGGCGCUCAUGACCUAACGAAUGGGAAAUAUCCAAUUCUUCUUCGGAAAGCGGUUGAGAUCGCUGAUAUGCUCUAUGGAUCUUUCGAUACUCGUAACAGAAUGCCCCAAUCCCGAUGGGAAUGGACAAGAUCUGCUACUGGUUUAACCAUUCGCCCAAGUGGAAAUACUAUCCUUGCCGAGCUUGGCUCGCUAAAUCUAGAAUUCACGCGAAUGACCCAAUUAACCGGCGACCCUAAGUAUUUUGAUGCUAUCCAGCGCAUCACAGAUAACCUCGAAUCCGCCCAGAAACGCACAAAAGUUCCUGGUCUAUGGCCCAUGAUGGUUGAUGCUAAUAGCCUGCAAUUUAAUGACCCUCGAUUUACUAUUGGUGGAAUGGCCGAUUCAACCUAUGAAUAUCUCCCUAAGGAGCAUAUGUUGUUGGAAGGUCGAACACAACAAUAUCAAAAGAUGUACGAGGAUGCGAUUAUGCCAAUCAAAGAGCGAUUGCUGUUCCGGCCAAUGACCAAAGAUGGGCAAGACAUUCUAUUUUCAGGGAACAUCAACACAGCAUCCGUCAGUGGCCAGAAAAAAAUCGACCCGCAAGCCGAGCAUCUCAAGUGCUUCCUUGGAGGCACUGUAGGCAUCAGUGCCAAGGUGUUCAAUCGACCUGAGGAACUUUCCAUUGCAAGAAAAUUGACAGAUGGUUGCAUUUGGGCUUACGAUAUUAUGGCGACCGGAAUCAUGCCAGAGACCUUGUACCUUAGUCCUUGCGAAAACCAGGAUGACUGCCCAUGGGAUGAGCAAAAGUGGCACAAGGAUGUGCGAAGCCGUAUACCUCAGAGAGCACAGAUCGAGGAGACCGACUCAGCCAUCCUAGAAUUUAUCCAAAAGACUGGACUUCCUCCUGGUGUGACUGAAAUUACCGACGGACGCUAUAUGUUGAGACCUGAGGCUAUUGAGUCCGUGUUUGUUAUGUAUCGCAUCACAGGGGACAAGAAGCUACAGGAUGCUGCGUGGCGGAUGUUCAAGAACAUCGACAAGGUUACUCGAACCAAGUACGCGCAUGCCGCCAUUGGGGAUGUGCGCAACCCUAAGCCAGUCCAAUUGGACUAUAUGGAGAGUUUCUGGCUCGCGGAGACUUUGAAAUACUUUUAUCUCAUUUUUUCGGGGCCGGAUGUUAUUAGUCUGGAUGAAUAUGUCCUCAAUACCGAGGCGCAUCCAUUCAGACGUCCAUCGAACCCGUCAUGA